CUUCGCCCCGUCUAUCAGCGCCAAGGUAUGUACGAUGCAAGGCCUCCCUAUUUAGGAGCAAUUGAUAAUAACCCCGCUUGAGAUCUAGUUCGACACAAUGUUCACAUACCAAUAUGUCCACUGGCCACCUAGGAUCGGGGUUACUGUUGGUUGUUGUCGCUUUGACCGUAGACGGUCAAAAUGGAGGGGCAAGGGAGUACGGGAUAAUAACCAUGUCAUUCGUUUAAAUCUACCUACUAGAUUCGUUUUGAGGACGCUCGCUUUUAUUGUGUCGGCAGAAGUGUUUCGCAGGCGUUAGUCCUACCCCAUCCAAUAGUGAUGUGUCCGACCUGUCGACUGCCUCAUCCCGCAUGCCCUACCAACUGACCCAACCUCCCAACGCGAAAACCGCAGUGGCCGUUCAUGGCAUUCCACCCAUGGUACCUUUGAAGCUGACUGUCUAUAAAAGGUCUCUCUCCUCUUCCCUCUAUAAGCCAGCUCAUGUCUGCCCUCGCAACUCUCUUACCUACCCUAAGCCAGGCAAAACCAAGUACGACAUUCUACUUUUGGCGUUGUUCCCCAGUCGCUCUGCUCUGCCCAUACCGAUAUAGCCUGCUCAAUUCUCAUCAUGGCAUCUCUUCCUCCCAAGCAAGCACCGUUCAACAUGAUCGAGGUCCUCCAGGGCCCACCCACGCAGCCCAUCUAUUAUCGGAUUAGCGUCGGGUCUUCGGUAAAGUACCUGAUGGGCCCGAAACCUCUCUCCGGUCUGCCCGAUGGGUCGGGCGAACAUCUAGGAUUCGACACGGUGCCCGCCGGAGACUGGGACGUUGGUAAUCUUGUCGUCGGUGCCGACGGGAAGUUCGCGCUCGUCUCAACCGAGAAACGACGCUUCCCGGAUCUCACGCCUGCCUGGCAUGGAUCGCGAAUCGACCUGCUGGAGCUUGGAGAUCCGGUCGAAGCCCGCGAGGAUUACGAGCUACAACUCCGAGUCCACGUCCCAUCGGACCCCUAUCCUGGCGCCGCGAAUCUCGAGGCGGACACGGUUUUGGCCUUCUGGAACAUCGACCUGGAAGGUGUCGAUAGUUAUGCCCUCGCACAGGAAAGCCGCAUCUAUUCGCUCCUUCAACACAAGUCCAUCGCUCCGCGCUUCCUUGCACACCUUACCGAUAACCACGAUCGUGUGAUUGGAUACGUCUUGGAAUCGGUUCCUGCGCGCAACGCCGGUACUGACGAUCUCGAUCUCUGCCGGAAGGCCCUGCAGGACCUUCACAGUCUCCGUAUUCUCCACGGGAACCUCAGCAGAGGUGCCUUCUUGAUCCGUGAGGAUAUUCCUGUCGCACAGCUUCAGUUCUUUCAUCAGUCAAGAGAGGCUGCGGACCAAACACUCCUGGAUGAGGAGAUGUCCAAGCUCGAAGAGGUCCUGCGGGAACCCUUGCCCAAGCCAGGUGGCGGCGACGUAAGCGACGAACUUGCCGCCAUCCAGACACGCGAUGGCUAUAUCCAUCCGUUCCUCUUUUGGCAGCUCAAGCACGAUGGCCGAAUCAGCAUCUCCCAAGAUGAUCACCGAUCCUUGCUGGCCGAGCUGGGGGAGAAGGACUGGCACUACACUAGGCAUGAUGUGGAGGACACUGCCAAGAGGUUGAGGGAGAACGGAGGACAUCUCCCUUGAGUAUAUUACCGAACCCAGACUUCCGGCGUCACGGUGCGGCGUCACAUGAUCCGAAGGGUCUGUGAGAUCGUCCGCCCAUAGGCAUGAUGCCCGGCUCAGCCCCUUCGUAGGGUGGAAAACCUACCGACCAAACCGCAUAAGCUAUGACCCCAAAUCGCGGCUAGGUACGGUAGGUUAGCAGUGUUUAGGUCUUUUCCGACCUGCCUCCGUCUAUUAGGUAUCCAUGUUAUAUAUACGUAUACUUUUGUGGAAGAUGCUACAACAGACACGUAUACUGGGUUGAUUGGAUUGCACUGGGUAUGAUACAUACCUACCUCUCACACACCGGAUAGCCAAGGUACUUAGGCACGCAAGUAUCGAUGAGUUCGACCUAGAGAAAACAGGAAUCGGGAAGCUUCACGGACAUGCGGCACAGGUUAAAGAAUUACCCUAGUAAACACCUGUCGAAGGGAG